GAUGAAGGGUGCUAGCGGACUGUCUCUCCUGCUCCUUAUGAUACUUGGAUCUAGCUUUGGCUUACAGGAAAGCUUGGAGGAUGGUGAACCUUGGGAGAAGAUUCAGUUGUGGAAAAAAAUAAUUACUGACAGGGAUGAGAACAUCCCAGCAUCUCUUCUACAUCUUGCAAACCUAAGAGAUAAGAAAUCAACAGACCCAACGUCACUGUUCAGCGUAGCCAAGGAACUCCAAGGUUUUGGGAAAGAAAGAGCAGGCUUCAGGUUUAGGUUUGGUAGGAGAGACGAAGGGAAUGACGUUGAUGACUUUGAACCACAAAUUGACAAACGAGUAGGCACAGCCCUUGGAUCACUGGCUGAAGAGUUGAACGGUUACAAUAGAAAGAAAGGUGGCUUCAGUUUCCGAUUUGGAAGGCGAUAG